UGCUCUUCCCUUUCCAAGCCAUUGAUGAUGACCCUGAGUAAUUCCAGCUGGAGGCUGAUCCAGCCGUCCUUUCUCCUGAUUGGCAUCCCAGGUUUAGAGGAAAGCCAGCACUGGAUAGCGUUGCCACUGUGUGUCCUUUACCUCCUUGCCCUAGUGGGCAAUGUCACCAUCGUCUUCACCGUCUGGACUGACCCAUCCUUGCACCAGCCUAUGUACCUCUUCCUGGCCAUGCUCUCUGGCAUUGACCUGGUCCUGGCCUCCUCCACGGCACCCAAAGCCCUUGCCGUGCUCCUGGCUCGUGCCCGUGAGAUUGGGUACACUGUCUGCCUGACCCAGAUGUUCUUCAUCCAUGCGUUCUCUUCCAUGGAGUCAGGUGUACUUGUGGCCAUGGCUCUGGAUCGUUAUGUAGCCAUUUGUCUCCCUCUGCACCAUUCCUCCAUCCUGCAUCCCGGGGUCAUAGGGCGCAUUGGAAUGGCAGUGCUGGUGCGGGGCUUACUCCUCCUCCUCCCCUUCCCCAUCCUGUUGCAGAGACUUGUCUUCUGCCAGGCCACCGUCAUAGGCCAUGCCUAUUGUGAACACAUGGCUGUGGUGAAACUUGCCUGCUCAGAAAGCACAGUGAACCAAGCUUAUGGGUUGGCGGUGGCACUGCUUGUGGUUGGUCUAGACGUCCUGGCCAUUGGUGUUUCCUAUGCCCUCAUCCUGCAGGCAGUGCUGAAGGUACCAGGGGGUGAGGCCCGACUUAAGGCCUUCAGCACAUGUGGGUCUCAUAUUUGUGUCAUCCUGGUCUUCUAUGUUCCUGGAAUAUUCUCCUUCCUCACUCACCGCUUUGGCCACCAGGUGCCCCAUCACGUCCAUGUUCUUCUGGCCACUCUCUAUCUCCUUGUGCCACCUGCACUCAACCCUCUUGUCUAUGGGGUGAAGACUCAGCAGAUCCGCCAGCGAGUACUCAGUGUGUUCUACGUAAAAGGAUAG